UAGACUCUCUCAUUACUCCGCAAAAACAGAAAAACCAGGUUUUUUCACAAACCCUCUCUUUUCCUCCAUUAUUAUUAAUCUUCUCUUACUCUUCAUAACACUAAUAAUAAUAAUAAUUAGCUAUGAUAACUUAAAACCCCAUUCCAUUUUCUCAUUUUUUUUUCUUUUUACAGAAUUGGCCACAAAAACUCAGUUUUCAUAGUGAAUUCGAAGAAAAAGUGGUUUAUUACUGCAAUUUUUGACUCUUUUUUUGUGUUGCAGAAAUGGAGAAUUCUCCUAAUUCUGAUGAUUCAAAAAAAGUACAAAUUUCAAGUGAUAGAAGAACUCGAUCUCAAACACUUGCUGUUCUAAAAGAACCCAAAAAAACCCUAAGUUUGUUCUUGAAAAAAAACAAAGUAUAUGGAAAAAACCAUGUGAAAAAAAGUAAAAAGAGGAAAAGGUUAAAGAAUAGUAGUAAUUUGGGUGUUGUUGUUGCUAAAAGGAGAAAAGUUUAUGAUGAAGAGAAGGAGAAAAGCGAAGAUUUGGAGAUUGGGGAUUUUUAUGUUAAACCGAAGAAGCGUUACAACCCAAGGGUUGGGGCACACACUAAUGUUGAUAUCGUUAACUUGUUAAAUGAGAAGUUGGACGCUAAGCAGAUUCAGAUGUUCAGGGAAACCUGCUUCGGGCAUUUUCUUGAUUUGCCCCAUGUAGUGGUUCAGCAUCAGUUGAUACACCACCUAUUGCUGAAGGAGGUGGUUGAGGAGGAAGAGGAUGCGUUGUGGAUAUCAAUUAAAGAUGUCAGUCUGCGUUUUGGGCUUGUUGAGUUUGGUCUUAUCACCGGGUUAAAGUGUACCGGCGAUGCUGAUAAGUGCUAUGAUUCUGAUGGGGCAGGCCGGUUAGUUGAUACGUACUUUUCUGACUUUUCGGAGCUUACCAGGGUACCUAAGCAAUCCUUAAUUGACUGCUUCCUUAAAAAGAGAUGGAAAUCCGAUGAGGAUGCAGUCAAGAUUGCUGUCCUAUAUUUCAUACACACAUUUUUGUUCUCCACUGUGAAUCGUAAACAGAUCUCGAGGGAUGAAAUUGAGCUUGUUGAGAGCGGUGCGUAUGAAACGUAUCCUUGGGGGAAAGUUGUCUUUAAAGCCACGUUGGAGUCUAUGAAGGGUAAGUUGCAGGGGAAGCCUUCGAUGUACAGGCUUGGUGGAUUACCAUUGGCAUUCCAGUGUUGGUUUUAUGAGUGUUGCCCUUAUGUUAAUAAUAAGAUUGCUUUCCGAAUUGAUGACAAAGUGCCCCGCAUACUUAGUUGGAAAGUUACAAAGCAGCCAAGUUUUAGGGAAUUGUCGCGUGGGAUUUUCAAGAAGAGGCGGGAUGAUCAGUUGAAGCUGAGGAAUAUAUCUCCAACAGAAUUUGAGAAAACAACACUUGGUUUGCCCGAAUCAGUUGAAAUUGAGAGGGUUAACGAGGUAGCAUCUGGAGAUGGUGCUGAAGUUCAUAUUAGUGAUGAAGACGUUAUCAGUGCACUUCCUCUAGCAAGUUGGAAGCUGCCUAAAACCAAACCUGACCCCCUCUUGAAACAUGUUAACUGGAGGACCGAGUUCAAAAGACUGUCUGACGGACAGUCGGAGUUGAAGAAUGAGAUUCAGAUGGUCAACAAGGAGUUUGCAUCGCUCAAGGACUGCAUGACGGCAUCCUUUGCAAAUAUUUUUAAAGCCAUCGAGUCUCUGUCGAAGAAACAAGGAGAAAAGACUGCUUACGAGUUUGAACAGCUUGAUGAAGGAAAUGACCCCCAUGACAGACAUGGCGAUAGCGAUUCUAGUGAGUUCAGUGCUAGUGAAGGGCAAGAGGAUGGCAAGGACUCUAUGGGCAACAAGGACAAUAAUGAGAAAGCGAAUGAAGGUGCUAUGGGUGAUGUUGAGAAAGCGAAUGAAGGUGCUAUGGGCGAUGUGGAGAAAGCGAAUGAAAGUGCUAUGGGCGAUGUGGAGAAAGCGAAUGAAGUUGCUAUGGGCGAUGUUGAUAAAGCGAAUGAAGUUGCUAUGGGUGAUGUUGAGAAAGCGAAUGAAGUUGCUAUGGGUGAUAUUGAGAAAGCGAAUGAAGGUGCUAUGGGUGAUGUUGAGAAAGCGAAUGAAGUUGCUAUGGGUGACAAGGAAAAUAAUGAGAAAGCGAAUGACGGUGCUAUGGGUGAUGUUGAGGAUGCAAAUGAAGGUGCUAGGGAUUAUGUCGAGAAAGCGAAUGACGUUGCUAUGGGUGAUGUUGAGAAAGCAAAUGAAGGUGCUAUGGGUGAUGUUGAGAAAACGAAUGAAGUUGCUAUGGGUGACAAGGAAAAUAAUGAGAAAGAGAAUGAAGGUGCUAUGGGUGAUGUUGAGGAAGCGAAUGAAGGUGCUAGGGAUGAUGUCGAGAAAGCGAAUGAAGAUGCUGUAGGUGAUGUUCAGAAAACGAAUGAAGUUGCUAUGGGUGACCAGGAAAAUAAUGAGAAAGCGAAUGAAGGUGCUAUGGUUGAUGUUGAGGAAGCGAAUGAAGGUGCUAGGCAUGAUGUCGAGAAAGCGAAUGACGUUGCUAUGGGUGAUGUUGAGAAAGCGAAUGAAGGUGCUAUGGGUGACAAGAACAAUAAUGAGAAAGCGAAUGAAGGUGCUAUGGGUGAUGUUGAGAAAGCGAAUGAAGGUGCUACCGGUGAUGUUGAGGUGGGGGAGACACCUGGAGAUCCUGUGGAGGAGGUCGAAAGGAUGGACGUAUCCAAGUCUCAGAUUCUUCCCGAUACAUGUGAGGUGUCAGAUCACAUCACACCGGAACAGCUGACAAAACCAAGCCAUCCCGAACCAGUUCCUGAAAACCAAGGUGACACCGGUGUUGAAGAUUCUUCCAAGAAGUCGAGCAAUAUUGUUGAUAAUGUUGAUUAUAGUUUGUUGACCGAGUUUGAUAAGUGGGUUGGUGAAGGGAUGAAGAAACAAAGGUAGUACAGAUAUGACUCUUUCACUUUUUGCUACCUAUGAAGCAUCGAGAGGGAGGAAUUAGUAUUUUGUGGUGGCUUUUCUGUUAUUCUGCUAUUAUUUAUGCAUCCUUCUUAUUGCUGUUGACGCUGUUAAGAACCUUCUUUGUUUUAUCGUAGGAAGAAAAGGUCGAAAAAAGUGUAUUAUGUUAGGUGAACCUAUGAUGAUAAUCUCGUUUUGACAAAACGUAGAGCUAACAUUUCCCUCCCUGACAAAGGUUCCUCCAGUAUUAAGGCUACCAAACAGGAGACUUGGUUACUAAAUUCAUUUGUGAUUAAAGUGCAGUUUGAGUUUGUACUUCUUAUUCUUUGUAUCUUCUACAUUGCAAUUGAGAAAUCUUUGUUUUCUUUGA